GUGUAUUUUCACGAGGGAUCUCGUUACAAUUUUGGCUUGGUGCUUGUCCACUCCCUUUAUUCUUCACUGAAGCUGUCUCUCCCAUGGACAUCUGUUAGCAAGCUCAGGUAUCAUUUUAGAGAGAGUGAUAAUUGGGAGCACCAUACUGCACCCCUGCCACUUCUGAUGCAGGCUGGCUGAGGUGCAGUAUGGUGCUACACAAGGCCAUUCAGGCAGCUCGUAAAGGGGAUAUAGAGGCACUGAGAGCCCUCCAUGCAUCCGGAUGCCUCAUUCCGACCAUCAUGGAUGCCCAGGGAGCUUCACCCACCCAUCAUGCUGCCCGCUGUGGUCAGUUGGACUGCUUGCAGUUUUUGGUAAAAGAAGCUAAUUUCCCAUGCCACAACCGCACCAGAAACGGAGCUACACCUGCUCAUGACGCCACUGCCACGGGGCACGUGCGAGAGCUGCAGUGGCUGCUGAAACAGGGGAAUUGUGGGAUUGAGGAUCGUGAUGGCGAAGGAGCUACAGCCCUGCACUUGGCUGCCAGGUUUGGCCAUGCAGAGGCAGUACGGUGGCUGCUGUCCAAUGGAAGCAGCACAGAGGCAGAAACAAACUGUGGAGCCCUUCCGGUUCAUUAUGCUGCAGCCAGUGGAGACCUCACAUCCCUCAAACUGCUCAUCUCCAGCUCCCCACGGCAUGUGGACUGCCAGACAGGAACCGGUGCCACUCCAUUAUAUCUGGCCUGUCAGGAGGGGCAUCUACAUGUGGUUGAAUACCUGGUAAAGGAUUGUGGGGCAAACGUCCAUUUGCAGGCCAAGGAUGGCAUGAGUGUUCUGCAUGCAGCUGCCCACAUGGGACACUAUGCCCUUGUGGUCUGGCUUGCUUCUUUCACAGACCUGGAUCUGUCCUGUCAGGACAGGGAUGGAGCCACAGCACUGCACUUUGCUGCUAGCGAGGGCCACCAUCGUAUUGUGGAGCGUCUCUUAAUGAUGGGAGCGAGUGUCCUGAAAGACCAUUGGGGUGGGACCUCGCUACACGAUGCAGCAGAGAAUGGAGAACUAGAGUGCUGCCGGGUGCUCCUGAAUCAUCACAUCAGUCCACUGGAGAGAGAUUUGGAUGGGUUUACUGCAGUUGAUCUGGCAGAGUACAACGGCUAUCAUGACUGUGCCAACUUCCUCCGUUCUGCAGAUGGUUGCCCUCCGUCAGAUGUCCUUCUCAUAGAGGAAGAAAGGACCUUGUUUAGCACAACUGACCCCAACCAGGAUAUUAAACCACUGUCCACUACUGGGAUGGAGAACAACAAGCAGCCGGUGAAUGAGGUGCCUCCCCAACCACGCCUCGCUCCACCAGUCCUGGAUCCCACAUCUGUGUCACCGGUUAACGGGACCAUUCAGCACAUGCAAGUGGCCUCUAAAGUUGUGACCUCAUUCAAUAUGGAGAAACAUGUUGAGGACAUGCAGGUAGUUCUGCCCCACAAAUCCAUGAGAUCGCUGAGACGAGCAGGGAUCACGGCGGUCUUCACUGGACAAGCAGUAAAUAAAGAAGACAAUGGCGUUCAGCUUUCAGAAUUAGAGGAAAACCUUGCUGACUUUGAUUCUCUGAUCCCUACACAAGAUGAAUAUGGGAAGCCCAUUGCUGAGUGGAAGAGGCAGGUUAUGGUGCGCAAGCUUCAAGCUCGACUGCAAAAUGAAAAGGACCACAGCCAAAAAGAUGACAGUAACAAUCAUGUGGAAAUGGAUGGUUGGAGGUAUUCCCCAGUCAACAAUGUAAUUUUAGGCCCCUUUGGAGAGUUACUUACUGAGGAUGACUUGGUCUUCUUGGAGGGGCAGAUUGAAAACAUCUCCCUUCAAAAACGCUGCCAGGCCUAUGAAGUAGAGCUUGUGCGCCUGACAGAGGAACUCAAGUCCGUCCUUCCUGCUCCUAUUGUUAAUAUCAGCAUAGAUACCGAGUGCCACCAGCAACCGAAUGUGGGGGAAUCUCUGCCUCUUCAUGUGUGGUACAGUCGGAUCUCAAAUAUUGUGAAGAGCAUGUCUCUAUUGCUGUCCAACCUCAUAGAAACAAAAGGAGAAGAUGGCAUCUCUAAGAUGCCAAACACAGAUCCUGCAUCAGUCUUCACACACCAGCCAGAAAGGCAAAGUCCUACCAGAGGAAGAAGGCAGAAGAUUGAACUAGAAAUCCAACAAUCAGGAGUUUCUGUGAGAAAUCUAAGAUCAAACUUUGAAAGUCAGCUUGGUAACAUUUAUCCAUUUUCUGGGCUUUUAAGCAAUGGAGCUCAUCCAGACAUAAUGCAACAAAAACUGCCUUCAUUGACAGAUCGUAGGGAGCAGUCUGCGGGAACAAUCCAAAACACAGACAUAAAUCAGACUAAGGACAAGGGUGUAACAUGCAAACAAGCGCCUUCAACAGAAGUGAAGGAGACCACCUGCUUGCGAAAGGAGCGCAUUGUUGUGCUAUUUUUGAGCCAUUGGAAAAAGUCUGCAUAUGCAAUAUCAAUGAGAGCCAAAACGAAACAAGAUCUUGGCACUCAGGGGUCUAUAGAGAGCUAUUUGACAGGUGAAGCAGUAAUAACUCCAGUGUCUAAGCCAGAGACUAGAUCAUUGUAUCAUCUUUACAGGCAAAGAACUGCAAUUGACAAGAUGAUUGGCAAUUGGAAACGUAUCACCUCGGGUGUCCCUUCACGACAGAUCCGAAACCUACAAAGAAAGCGUGUAACCUUCUCACCAGAGCAGUUUCUUCCUCGUGUUGACGGUGCUCCUGUUGCGUAUGACACGCUGACCCUUGACCUCUUCAUGCUUGGUUACUUCCACAUCCUCGAGCAGGACCUCUCCGCUGAGGAACGAAAAAUGAGGCACCUGCUAUGCUUUGAGGUUUUCGACCACGUUGGGAAUUUUCCUUGGGAGACGGUCCGAGAGUUUCACCAGGCUGUCCUCAAGGACAUUGAGGCUGGGAGACGUGAGUGGAAAGAUGGUUUCGAGGACAUCAAAACACAAUACUUUGGUAAAAGAGAAAAUGGGACUUUCUGUGCAGAGGUUAAAGUUGUGCCGAAGGUCAUAAGUGAAAAUCCCAUACCAGAGUAUGGAGGACAUUGCAGCAGAAAUGAGAGCAACGAAUUCUCACAGUUUGGUAAUGAGGAAAUUUGUAAAUAUAUUGAUCGUAGUUUUACCUUUUGGAAAGAAAAGGAAGCAGAGUUGUUUGAUUUUUAGGUUCGUGAAUUUUAUGAUGAUAAAGACGAUGAGCUGUAUACACUUUUUGAGGACAAAACUUUUGAGAUGAAAUCAUCUGUCUUUCCACAGAAUUGCGUAGAUCUGCAGGGGACUUAUUGUUAGCUUGUUUGAAUCUUUGUAAUACAGCAUCUGGUAAAACCACACCACACCACAAUUAGAUAUCAGUACAAGGCUAUACGUAAAUGUCCUACAACCAUGUGCAUUCUUCAGAUUUUCAUGUGUGCUUA